GCCGAGCGCCGGCCGCCCCCCGCUCGCUCGCUGCUGGCCAUGGACGGGAGAGAGGACGCGGAGUGCGACUUGCAGGCGGCGUUCGCCGAAGCCCGGCGGUGGCUGGAGGCAGUUACUGGGCAAAGCUUUGGAACCAAAGACUUUCGAGCAGCUCUGGAAAAUGGAGUCCUGUUGUGCGAUUUGAUUAACAAGAUCAAACCUGGCAUUGUUAAGAAGAUCAAUCAUCUGCCAACUCCAAUAGCUGGCUUGGAUAAUAUAAAUGUUUUUCUGAAAGCGUGUGAAAACAUUGGACUGAAAGAAGCUCAGCUUUUUCACCCAGGAGAUCUUCAGGAUUUGUCCAAUCGAGUUACAGUCAAACCAGAGGAAACCAACAGAAGAGUGAAAAAUGUUUUAAUUACAUUAUACUGGCUUGGGAGAAAAGCUCAAAGUGACCCUGAUUAUAAUGGUCCGUACCUCAAUCUUAAAGCAUUUGAGAAGUUAUUAGGGCAAGCAUUGACUAAGGCACUUGAAGAGUCCAGCCAGCCAAGCAGGAGUGGCAGAGAUAGUGGGUACGGCGAUAUUUGGUACGUUGACCGGGGAGAGCCCUUUUCAUCUGCAGCUACUCAUAAAAGAGACGAUUCCUUUGAUAGCUUGGACUCUUUUGGUUCAAGAUCCUGUACAAGCUUUUCAUCAGAUAUAACCUUGAAAGGUGGCAGUGAAGGUUGCGACAGUGACACAGACUUGGAACUGCCUUCCAAAAUGCAUGACUCCCAUAAAGACGACAGGUCUUACCGUAGGAUUUCUGUGAUUGAACCAAAACCCGCCACUGACUUCAAUCGUUUCUUACCCAACAAAAACAAGCAGACAGCAUAUGUGCCAGCACCUCUAAGGAAGAGGAGGACAGAGAGGAAUGAGGAUAACAGGAGGAGCUGGGCAAGUCCUGUUUUCACUGAAUCAGAUGGAACGUUUUCAAGUGGACGUGAAACGAAUCCUGUAGCUUCCUGCAAAAAUAGCAGAGCAGAGUGUGGGCUUACAAAUCCAGCUUCCCUCCAGAUCAUCUAUGAGUAUGACAGUGGCUCUGAUUCAGAAGAUGAAAGAAGGCUGCCCGACCUUGUUUUGGAUGACUUAGCAAAUCGUAGAUUUCUAGUGAAAAAGAGCCCUGUAAGCUCUGCUGCACCUGGACAUCAUUUCAUGUUGCGCAAUGACUCUCCUAAAUCUUGCUCGCAAGAAAGUUAUCCAGCUGGUCCACUAGCUGCAAUGCUUGAACCACUGAGUAACCAGAGGAGGCAGAGGCAGUUGGAUACUAAAGAGGAAAACAAACCAAGAGUUAACAAUCCUUCACAAUUAUCUGGGUAUUUUGAUGAGGACGAGGAAGAAGUAGGCAUCCCAAACAUUGAAAAAGAUGAUCUUUAUUUUCGCAAGCUAAGUUCUUCAGCGCCAAAUACAGUUGUUGCUUUUGACAAAUUUCUUCCUAAAUUUUGGACUCCAGAGGAAGAAUUGCUAUGGAAAAAAAUCAAGAAAUCCUCUUUCAAACCCUGGUAUAAAGAGAUUCAAGGGUUCAGUAGAAAGAGAUCAGAUUCUGAGGAUGAGGAAUUUGCUUACAAACAAAGCUGUACCAUUGUUGCUAAUCAACCAAGACCAAGUUUUGACUGGAACAGUAGCUGCAGAAGGGAUCAGAAUUAUAAGCCAACUGCUGAAUAUGUGGGAAGCUCAUUGUCACAGAUUGCAGAAGGAAAAAUCUUGGAGUCUUCUGAUCAGCCCAGUCAGUUUUCGUUACUUCAGGCUCUGCAAAAAUACACUGACUACAUGUCUUCUGAAAUGGAGACCAGAAUUGAUCCUACUUCUGGCCCUAGGCUCAUAACAUGUAGAAAGAAUGUUUCCUUUAUACCAGGAGGCAAGCAAGGAGAUGAGGAAAAUGGAUAUCUAUAUCCAGAUUUGGAAAAUGAUGAUUUGUUCGUUCGGAAAACUGGGGCUUUCCAUGUGAAUCAAGUUGUUCUUCAAGAUCCCCGGUAUUUAAAGAAAUUCUCUGAGCAGGAACCUCCUUUAGAGGGUGAGAUAAUUCUGCAACCCAGAGAGGGCCAAACUGUGAUUCCAGAUUUGGAAAAGGAUGACAUGAUUUUUCGUAAAGUCCUCUCUCAAAAAAAAGAGGUGCCUUUAUCAGGUGCUCCUGACAAGUAUCACCCAGCACUGUUUCCUGAUCCAUGGAGUCUUCCAGAAGAGAUCCGGUCCAAAUUUCUAUGUUUACUUGAAAAAAAUGCGAUACCAGAGGAAAGGAAGAGCAAUGGCCGAGUGCUGUCACCGUCUUUACGCCAUAAGAAGGACGAUAUGCUGACCCGCAAGAUUGAAUCUUGGAAAGUGGGAAGCAACAUCCAGCCAGUAAAUUUUAUCCCAGGUCCAUGCAGUGAAGAAGACUGGAAGAAGUGGGAAGCAAUCAGGGAGGCCAGCAAAGUUAGACACAAGAAACGGCAGAUGGUGGAGAGACUGUUUCAAAAGCUUUCUGAUGAGCAAGGGAGUAAAUCUUUGAAUGAUGUCAGUGCAGAGGAGCUGCAGUCUCUGCGCAGAAUCCGUUAUGAAGAGCUGCAGAAGAUAAAAGAGCAACUACAAGAACAAGAUCUAAAGUGGCAAGAAGAUCUAGCAAAAUGGAAGAGUCGUAGAAAGAGUUACACUUCAGAACUGCAAAAGAAAAAGGAAGAGAGAGAAGAAAUUGAAAGGAGAGCCUCUGAGGUGUCUGGAAGCAGUACCAAGUCACUGAAAGAAAUGCAGCAGGAGAGGGAGGAGAGAGAUCAAGACUCCUAUGAACAGCAGAAACAGGAGCACAACUGGGCGUAUUCAUUGAACGAUGAUGUGUUCAGUGAAGAAAAAGCACCUUCCACAGCCACAAAAGAUUGGUCAGCAGCCAAAGAUUACCGUUUGGAAGAAGACACUUCGUACAGCACUAAGGACAGCAGAAGUGUGUACGGCACACAGCCACCCAAGGAGAGCCUGCUGGAGAGCUCGGCUGCGCGCGGAACUCCUGCCCCAUCGGAGAGCCUGGCGCAGGAGCGGGAGCAGAGCCCGGCUCUUUUGUCCACUCGCUACUCAGGGAAUGCUCAAACUGGGUCAGCUCAGGUUUCAGCUUCUCUCCCGAGAACUUACCAGAAAACUGAUACCUCCAGGUUAACAUCUGUGGUUACACCAAGACCUUUUGGUGUCCACUCAAGAGGAAUCUCGUCACUUCCACGGUCGUUCACGAUGGAUGAUGCUCAGAAAUACAAUGGAGAAGUAGAAAAAACUAAAAGAACUCAAACUUUGUUCACCAGCAUGUCCUUUUCACAACCAGAGUCUGCACACUCUCUCUCCACUGGUGCAUUUGGAAGCAGAGGUGAGGAGGAAGAGGAGGAAAAAGGUGUUCAGUCAACACCUCCUCCUAGUUUGGCAUUACCUUUAAAGUCCCAAGACCAAGAUGCUGGAAGCAGUAUUCCUAAGCCAGAGUAUGGCAUCCCUCCUGAUUCUCUUUCACUUGCAUCUUCUGCAGAAAUUGCGAGUUCAGCAGAGCCUAAGGAUUCAAAGUCCAUGGAACAGUACAGUGAAAUGAGAAUCAGUAUAAACCAGAGACCUGGCCACAGUCGCAGCUUUGGGUUUACAACAAACUGGAGUUCUUCAGGAGCCAUUGUACAGACAGUUGAAGAAGGCAGCCCUGCAGCACUUUGUCAGCUGCAUGUAGAUGAUGAGAUCAUUGCUGUCAAUGGCACAAAGGUUUCACAUAUGGACUACAGUCAGUGGGAAGAGGCCAUCAGCAGAGCACUAGAAACUGGAAACCUGGUCAUGGAUGUCAGACGAUAUGGAAAGAACGGUACAUCUGAAAAUAAAUGGAUUGAUGCAACUUCAGGAGAAAAAAUUUCAAAUGCUUCCACCAUAUCCACAAACAGAGAUUUCUCCAGCAGCCUUCAAAGUUCUGAUACAGAAACAAAAUUGAUAAAUGGAAUGCAAGGAGAUCUUGGCUCUAAUGAACAGAGAGCAUCUGAACCUAUUUCUUUGAAAAACUUAAAAAGACGGUCACAAUUUUUUGAACAAGGAGGCCCAGAGCCUGCAAUGCCUGAUCUCCCAGUCCCAUCCAUCAGUGCUCCUAGUCGUCGGGUUUGGGAUCAAGAGGAAGAGAGAAAACGACAGGAAAAAUGGCAAAAAGAGCAGGACCGUUUGCUACAGGAGAAAUAUCAACGAGAACAAGAGAAACUGAGGGAAGAAUGGCUACGAGCUAAACAAGAAGCAGAAAAGGAGAGCUCCAAGUAUUUUGAUGAGGAGCAGACUGUUCUAACCCAAAAUACAACACCCGUCACUUCUCAGGCUCCUCCUGUGUCCAGCUGGAGAGCAAGCCCUGAAGCAACUGCGCCCGAGGAGCCAGAACGAGAUGGAGAACACGAGCUGGCAGGGAGCUUGCUACAGGAGGAAGAAGAAAGGAGGAGGCUUCAGGAGGAGCGGAGGAUCCAGGAAGAAGCAACCAGGCGUUUUGAGCAAGAGCAGCAAGAGCGGGAACUGCAAGAGCUGGAGAGACAACGUAAGGAGAGGGAGCAGCAGUACGCUGAGGAGCAGAGGCGGCAGGCAGAGAUGGAGGAGCAGAGGCGGCAGGCGGAAAGGCAGAGGGAGGCGUCAGUGGAGGUCCCUCAGUACCAAAGACAUUAUGAGCGCUAUGAAGUAUCUAAAACAAUAGAAGAUCGAGCUGGCCAUCCUGUCAUUGACAGGCAUUAUGAGCGUUAUGAAAUUUCUAAAACCAUUGAGGAGCCUGGUCAGUCAUUUGGUGACAGGAGUAAGUCGAAGUCAACUACAGAACUGAAUGAAUUCAACAGAAUCAAAAAUGGUACACAGAGCAAGUAUUCAGAGAGGUCCUGGAACAUGGGUGAGUCACAGAAGAAGUCUCAGAAGGAGCAAAACCUGUCUGCAGCAGAGUUGGAGAGACAGCAAAUCCUUCAGGAAAUGAGAAAGAAAACAUCUCUCCACACGGACAGCAGCUGGAUUAGGCAGCGCAGUGCCAGUAUACAUAAGGAGCCCGUUAGUCUGUACAGCAGUAGUAUGAGGAGAGGGGAGUCUUUGGACAAUCUUGAUUCUUCAGGAAUGAGGUCAUGGAGGCACCACUCAUGGCUGAACCAGUCUGCGUCCUCUUCCUCUCUAUCUUCUAGUCAAGAUUUAAGUCGCCCAGUGUCCACUUCAAACCGAGCCUACAUGUGCACUCCUUCCUCCAGCAAAGCACCUCCUGCAGCCACCUCUGCCAGAACCCCCUCCACGUCCCAGACAGCUCCCCGGGCUCAGUCUCCUCUCUCUGCUUCCCAGUCAGGGUCCCAGACACGCAGUAGGUCAGUCAGUGGGAAGAAAAUCUGUUCAUACUGUAAUAACAUUCUGGGCAAAGGAGCAGCCAUGAUCAUUGAGUCUCUUGGUCUUUGUUAUCAUUUACAUUGCUUUAAGUGUGUUGCCUGUGGAUGCGACCUUGGUGGAUCCCGUUCCGGAGCUGAAGUCAGGAUCCGAAACAACAAACUCUUCUGCAACGACUGCUAUAUCAGAUUUAAAACUGGACAACCAACCUCCAUGUGAAGCAAAUGAAGAUAUGAAACCACUGUUGCAGAUACAAGAAGAGGUGAUUGCUGCUGAUGUAGAUCUAUAAAUAUAUAUAUUGUGUGUAUGUGUGUUUUUUUCUAAGAGUAACUCCUCUUGCUUGUCUAGUCUUCAUAGCAAUACCUUGUAUUCUUCAUAUAACUAUUUUUAUUUAUAAGAAAGUAAUUGCAGUAAGGAAAUAGCUGGGAAAAAUGCUUUCACAUUUUCAGCUUCAAGUAUUGAGAGCACAAGAGAGAAUAAGUAUAUUUUCAGUAAUAACUUCAAAAUAUUUUUGAGGCUUGUAAUCAACUAGUUGACUUUCCAAUGGUAUAUGAAGAGGGUAUUUUGUUUCUAAGCUCUUGAAAUGAGCAUUAGAGAAAUAGCUAAUAUAAAUAUAUAUUUGCAAUUGCUGUCUUUAUUUUUGACAUAUACUGAAAGUGAAUUCUCUAGGUUAAUAUGAAGCUGCAUUUAAAUGCACACAAAUGUGUUUGCUUUCCAUAUGCUGGUUUCUAAAAUUUUGUGCUUUUUUGAAACCUAAAUACAAAGAAUAAUCUGUUUGCUCAGUGGUGUUGGCAUAAUAUUCUAUGGAAUCCAUUUAAGAGAGAGAGUUUUCUUUUCCUGUUUGAAAAUGUAACUAUCAUUCUUUCCUCUGCAAACUGAGUGGAGAAUGGUUGUUGAAUUACCAUAUAUUUGUAAAUAAAAAAUCUGAUGUUGCA